GCGAAGUCCGGGAGGCGGGGUGGCAGUGCGGGCCUGGCGGGGCUGUGCCGCGGGGAUUGGCCUGCGGCCGGUAGGCGGGACCUGAGCGCGCCGGGGCCGCAGGCUGCGAUUGGCCUCCGCCCAGGGCCGGCUGCCGGCGUGCGGGCAAGGCUCGGGGCGCGAGGACCGAGCGGGGGGGCCGGUCCGCGAGCCCGGGCGGUGGUGGUGGCAGCGGCGGAGGAGGAGGUGGUGGCGGGGGCCGGUACUGGACCCGGCGGGAUGAGCGAGGCGGAGGCGGCGGUGGUGGCGACAGCGGCGCCCGCGACGGCGGCAGGGGUGGUAGCGGUGGUAGUACCUGUGCCCGCGGGAGAGCCUCAGAAAGCAGGCGGCGGGGCGGGCGGCGGGGGCGGAGCCGCCUCUGGCCCCGCUGCUGGGACCCCCUCAGCGCCCGGCCCUCGCACCCCUGGCAACCCGGCGACGGCGGCCUCGGGGACUCCCGCGCCCCCGGCCCAGAGUCAGGCGGACAAGCCGGUGCUGGCAAUCCAAGUCCUGGGCACUGUCAAAUGGUUCAACGUCCGGAAUGGUUACGGAUUCAUCAACAGGAAUGACACCAAGGAGGAUGUCUUUGUUCACCAGACAGCUAUUAAAAGAAACAACCCCAGGAAAUUUCUGCGCAGCGUUGGAGAUGGGGAGACUGUGGAGUUUGAUGUCGUGGAAGGAGAGAAGUUCACCAAGCACUUCAUGUCUGUUUUCUACACGAGACCCCAGCCCUAUCAGGACUCUUCUCAGUCAGCCCUCUGGAGUGAAAGAGGGACGGGCCUUCUCUAUCUCAUCCUGUCCUGUCUUUAUACUCUGGGGGGAAUGUGGCAGUUAUUUCUAAAGGACAAGUUGUUUCUUCUCAGAUGGGGUGCAGAAGCUGCUAAUGUAACUGGGCCUGGCGGGGUGCCAGUGAAGGGCAGCCGCUAUGCUCCCAAUCGACGUAGGUUCCACCGAUUCAUCCCCCGGCCUCGCCUAGCUGCCCCACCACCUAUGGUGGCAGAGGCUCCCUCUGGUGGGACAGAACCAGGCAGCGAAGGAGAGCGGGCAGAGGACUCAGGGCAGCGGCCCAGACGACGUCGCCCACCACCCUUCUUCUAUCGAAGGCGGUUUGUGAGAGGCCCUCGGCCCCCUAAUCAGCAGCAGCCCAUAGAGGGCUCUGACGGCAAAGAAUCCAAAGAGACAGCCCCAUUGGAGGGGGACCAACAGCAGGGAGAUGAGCAGGUGCCCCCACCCAGAUUCCGGCCCAGGUACCGAAGGCCUUUCCGUCCUAGGCCACCCCAACAGCCUACCACAGAAGGUGGGGAUGGAGAGACCCAGCCGAGCCAAGGCCCCACUGAUGGCUCCCGACCUGAGCCCCAGCGUCCACGUAACCGUCCCUACUUCCAGCGGCGACGGCAGCAGCCCCCUGGCCCCCGGCAGCCUAUAGCCACAGAAACUUCAGCACCUAUCAACAGUGGGGACCCUCCCCCCACCAUACUGGAGUGAUUCCAACUUAAAGGACACCCAGAACUACCAUCUGGUAUCUGCCAGUUUCCAACUGACUCUACCCAGCAUCCUUCUCCCCCCCUUACCCAUAAUUCAUGACAUCAAAACAUCAGCUUUUCCCUUGAGACUCAGGAAGGCCAAAGGAACAGCCUUUGGCUUUUUUUCCCUCUUUUUUUUUCCCCCUCUCCCCUACCAAAGGUUGAAGGAAGGGAUCCAUCCUUAUUGUUCAGAGGCUUCACCUCCUGCCCCUAAGUCAGGCUGAGAAGGAACCAACCAGCUCUUACCUCCUCCUGAUUGUUUUUCUUUUCCACCCAUUUAUUUUUUGUUUCCUUUCGACCCCCACACACCUCUGAAGCCAUUUUAUGAACUGUCAUGUGCCACCUGAGCCUCCAGUAAAAACAAAAGCAGGCUUUCUUGUUGUCUUGA